UAACGCGCUGGCUUGACUGAAGCUGCUAUGAGUAUAUGCAUAUAUUCACAUGAGCCAUCGAUCGCUCACCCUCCCUCACGCAGCCCCUGGGUGGUUUAGGACAUAGGACCUCGGAGAAGACGAAGUCUCACCGUCCCAUUGCAUUCCUCGCUUGCACUGUUGAAGCCCAGUGCACCUUCCUCGCAGGCACAAGGUUCUUGGGACGUGCAUGUGGAGCUGACCGCAUCUUGUUGGCAAGUACUUGUCACAUAACUUUCCCGAACUUCCCAUCAUCGGCUCUUUGAGCAUUGUACUCCCGUUAGCUUGCCAUCUGUGGUUUCUGUGGCCUUCGCAUAGGUCUGUUUCUCGAUCCGCAAGCAUGAACGACAUCCAGCAGUGGCGCCGUAUGAUCCAGCCCGGGAGAGCCCGUACUCCUGCUCUUCCUGGUCCGCCAAUGGAGCCGGAAGGAGACAGUAAUAAUGCUUCUCCCACACCGUCUAGACGAGGUCUGAAGCCUAAGAAGUCCGCCUACUUUACGCUGGUCAGUAGCCCUGGAAAGGCACAAACACUGGACACAUCCACUACUGUGCUAGAAGGCGAUUCGUUUAUGGCAAGGGCCCCAUCGUGGAUAGAGGCGAGCAUAUUUCCGAAACCGACGGCAGAGCGGCUCAUUGACUCCGUCAUGUGCAGACUGUUGUCUGAUCCGUAUGAUGCCCUCGACCCGCGCUUCAACGGCGUGCUCUUACAAAUCUUCGAGGAGUUCCGCUUAGCCGAAGACGAACGAGUGAACCUGGAUGCUCGGCUCUUUGAAGCAGAUUUCAAGCAGGAAAAGCUCCUGCACCGACUUCAACAGGCUCAGAAGCAAUGGACCAAGGAACGCCAGGACCUGAAGGCCGAAAUCAAGCGCCUAGAGUUGCUCCUUACCCAGGGUAGACGGGGGCUAGCAGAGGUCACGCUUGCACGCCAGGACAGCCAUUUGCGGACCAAACAGCUAGAGCUAGCUGGCGGGCGUACCGAUGACGGUUUAGAGACGAUCUUCCAGGUUCUGGAGCACGGCUGGCGGUACGCAGACAAGGCGUUCAGCAAUCAGAGAGCGGUCCUUCGGAGCAGACAGCAGUCCCCGUCUGUACAGAUGCGACGUCUCUCGACUCAGCUGACAUCGCAGAAAUCAAGCCUCUGCACUGAUACCAAUGUCUCUUUCGGCACGCCUCCGACAGCAUUCUCCGACUUCUUACUUGGGCAGCCGCCGUCAGAAGGAUGCCGCCUUGAUACGGGCCUGCCAACGCUCUCUGAGCCGAAGACAAGCCUUUCGGACGACACUCUUUCGACGUUCAGCUGUAUUGGAGACUUGCUGCCGGACGAAGCCGCCACAGCAUCUAACGGCGACAUCGCCUUUGCUCGCCCCGUGUGUCAUGCGCAUCAUGCGCCUUACACGACUGUCGCCCCCGUGCCUUCGUACCGGCUCGACAUGAACGUCUUGCAAGCGACGCCGAAGUUUCUAGACAUAGCCAAGGCUCACUCCGUUCACGCGUCGAGCGGCUCUACCGCUCAGAUCACGGUCACUGCUGCGCCGCCAACGCCAGAUUUGACGCCGAGACGCAGCAGAUUGCGUACACCAACCAAGGGCCUCCGCAAACAGCCGUCUCUUCUGGCCAUGGCAUCUGGGUUCUUCCAGCGACUGAGGCCUCACCCGCACGGUGACACUACGUACACGUCAGGCUCCCGAUUCUCAUUUGACUCGGGCAAUGAAACAGUACCUAGCGAUUCCGCCACAACCGCUGUUCGCAGCUCUCUCGAAGCUAGCAAACUGCGCAGAAGUGUCUCUCUCUCAGCAUUUCCGCUUCCCAGCGAAACUACUGCACUUGACGCACCAUCUUCGCAGUCAGAUGCGUUGCCUAGCGUUUAUCAAGAACAAACCAUGUUGUUUCCACCGUCUGCGCUUUCUACGUCACGGCGGACAUCAAGGAUACCGACACCGAUUCAUAACGCGCAUUCCGCUGCUCGGCCACGUCAGGAGAGGGAAGCAUCAUAUUCCAGUCUGCAGACAGUGGUCAAGUCCACAACAGAGAGCGAAAGCGAGCACACUCGCGAAGCAACUACGGUUCACCGCCUUCGAGGCUGCUGAAUCGCGAUGUAUCGAGAUCCUGCAACGACAGCACUUUCCUUGCUUUCACACCACCGCCUGCAUGGGGGAGAUCUAGCGCGGCCAAUAGGUACUUCAUCACCACCAACUCGUGUCGAUCAAAGUUCCGUCCAUCUAUGGGCGCUUCGGAUAUGAGCGACAGCAGCAAAGAGAAUGUUCCACCAUUUGCUGCUUUGGAUCCCAUGGGCGACGAUCCAAGUCCGUCAGGUGUUUGAGACGAUGUCCACACGUCCAAGCAAGAGCGCAUAACUGCCCAUUCAUUCGUCAGUUGGACAUUAUACUCAUCACCAAGC